GCCAGGUACCUGGCAGGGGAGGUUCCCUACGCACAUGAGCGCCCCUCAAAAGCUGCUGCUUGUUUUGUGUGUCCUUAAAGGGCCUGUUCUGGUUCCUCACUGAGGGCACCUGCGCGUUUUCUUUCACCGAGUAGAGGACGAGGCUGGGGGGAGGCUGGUCCCAUCCUAAGCUUGUCUUGCCUGACCUGAAGGCCAGUCAGCCCUGGGUAGGGCAGCUGCAAUAAUAGUGGGAUCAGCGCUAGAGAUGUCAGGUUUUUGCAGCCUGGCGUGUAUGGGACCCGGUUCGGACGGGUUUCUCCUGCUACCUCCCAGGAUGAACAGUUCCUGAAGCAGCCAGGUUCAAAAUCAGAAAAGAAUGGCAGUUUAGUCGCUAACAUUAUCUUGCAAGGGGAGAAUUUAACUUCAUCCAUCUGAUGGGAUUUAAUGGGCAAGGCUGUUGUCCAUAUUUGGUAAAUGUCAUUAUUCCUUUCAAACAGACAUGCCUAUUCCUAAAAUUGAAGUGUCCUGGGAAUUAAUCAGUGUUACUUCCAAAAAUUAAACAGGUGAAAAUCAGUGUAAAAAUUAAUUUCACAGUGUUCUGGAUAAAUAUUCGGAUUAAUAUUUGGGCAUAAGAGGACAGAAAAGAGCAACAAAUAGAGAAAAAAUAAAUAAAAUUACAAAAAUUGAUUCUUAGAAGACUGGAAAAAUCGUGGAGGUUUUGCUAUGGAUACUAUCAAUGAAAACCAUUUUUAUCUAGACAAAGUGUGGGUUCAAUGUGAGAUUGGCAGUUGUUUGAAAUGGAGACUGCUAUCAAGUGAUGAUGCUGCACAAGUUGAUCACAGUGAGCCAUGGUACUGUUAUAUGAAUACUGACCCAUGGUUUAAUAAUUGUUCUGUUUCUGAAGAAUAUUUUCCUGAAGAGUCUGAGUUUAAUAAAAAUGGAUUUAAAUAUGUCUACUCAGAGCUUCCUAUAGGAAGUCUAGUUUUGGUGAAAAUGCGCAGCUGGCCAAGAUGGCCUGGCAUACUUUGUCCUGAUCCUCUUAAUGGACAAUAUGUGACGUAUGACAUGGAUGGAUAUGUUGAAAGCAAUCAUGUAGAAUUCUUAGGUGAUCCCCAUUCCAGAGGUUGGGUUGCUGUGAAAUAUAUUAGCCGUUACCCUAGCUCAAUUAAGCCAGAACAAUGCAAGAGAAAAAAGAAAUGGUAUAGAAGUGCAUUGGAAGAAGCAAACAAAUUACUUAUAUUUUCUGCUCUGCAAAGACUUGAAAUGUGCCAGCUAUCAGAAAAUGGGGCAGGAGUGUUAGAGGAUAAAACAGAAGCCAGUAAUGACACAGUGGUAUCCAAGAGAAGAAUAAAAGCUCAGAAAAAGCAAGUUGUCAAGAAAAAUAGAAGUGUCAUUGGACAAAAAAGAAAGAAAAGUAUGUUAAGAUGCUCUCUUGAAACAAUGGUUUCAGAUGACUUCCUGUCAAAAGAAAAUCUGGUUGUCUCUGAGACAGAAGUUAUAUUAAAAGAUCUGGAACAAAUUCUCAGGCAUGUUGCAGACCCUUUAAAAACAACUUGUGGGUUGUAUGGAAAUGGAGAGGGAAAAGAUUCAGGAGAAAAGGUAACGAAAUGCAGCACAGAGAGUACUGAAGGAAGUCCAAUGGAAAACUACACUCAAGAGGAUUGUAUUAUUAUGGAUGGGAUAGCUUUCAGGGCUGGGGAGUGUAUUGAGAACAUAACCAACAAAUUUAAAGAAAUAGAUUCUUUAAUGGCUGAAUUCCAAGAUAGCUUGUAGCACUUAAAAAAAAAAAAAAGGAACCUCUCUAUCCACUUUUCCAUUUAGUCAUAGAUUCUUAAGUGAAUAAUUUGCAUAGUUAC